UCUAUGAGUGGGAGGUAUUAUACGAAGCAGGAGAUAGAGCAUCGCUCUCCAUCUCGGAGGGAUGGCAUCAGCAAGAAGAAAGAGGCAGAAUUGCGGGAGUCGUACUGCUCGUAUCUUAAAGAGCUUGGCAUGAGGGUUGAAUUGUAAGUUGAGACCAUACUUGUAUUGGUUGCUUCUGAGGUUAGUUUAUGGAAAUUCUGUGUUUUCUCUGAUGUUAUCAUCAUUUUGGCUGUUCCAACUAGGCAGCAUUAUCUCUUUAUUUUGUGAACGGACAAGAAAGGAACUUUAUGUCAUUGCUUAAGGCCUUUUCAUUAUGUAUCAGUCAGUCAAUUGUGAAUAGAUUAGGCCUGUUGACAUAAUACUAUGACUGUUGAUUGUACUAUCUAUACAAUUAUGUGUUUGUUUCUGGGAUUAGAUGAGAUAUUUUAUGUAUCUCCUUUGGAAUGAUUGAAAUUUUCUUGUGUGCCAUCAACAUUACUGCAUUAGCAUCACCUUCUUUACUUCUUAACCUCUUGAUGUUGUUUAAUUCUUCAAAUUUCCAGUUGAAGCUUCAAUUUUGUCUUCCAUGAAGUUUUCACAACACCCUUCAAUUGAGUUGCCUGCAAGUGUGAAGUAGAUACUCCAUAUCAAUUGUUCGCUUGUGUUACUCUCCUUUUGAGCGUCUUCCAUUUCCUCGAACGUAUAACAUCUAUUUUAAAUUGCCUUGGGGGAAGUAUAUCUCAUUUAUUUUGUUUCCCCUUUCCAAUCAGCUAUGCAGCUUCUAUUUUGUUUAGUUACAUACAAAUUUUAGGAUAAAAUAAUUCUGGUAACGGUGAUGUAUAUUAUAUCUUUUAUUUCCCUUUUACUUGCUUUAGAGCACUAUAUCUUAUAUUGUAUUUCAUAUAUACUAAUUCUAAGUUGUCGUGGAAAAGUAUCUUCUUUCUGUUGUUUCCAUUUUCCAAUCAAGUCGUGGAAUUGAACUUAAAAAUUUCAGGGCAUUUAAUAAUCCCUGGUAAAGGUGAUUGGUAUUAUAUAUCUUUCAGGCCUCAGGUGACAAUAGCAUGUGCAAUGAUGUUGUGCCACCAAUUUUACAUGCGUCAGUCUCACGCUAAGAAUGAUUGGAAGGUGCAGGUUUUGUACAAUAGCGACUGUCAGUAUCUUUCUUGCUUGCAAAAUACAAGAUACACGGCGCCCUCUGAAUGAUGUUCUUCGACAGGCAUCUGAUAUCCUCCAGAAAUUAGAUGCUUCUGUGUUAUCAUAUGUGAGACGGAAAGAAGUCUUCAAGGAAUUGGUCAUAGGUGCCGAGAUAAUUCUGUUGUCCACAGUCGGUUUUGAUUUUGAGAUGCAGCUUCCUUACAUAUCACUUGUUGAAGCUUUAAGGAAAUUAAAUCUCCUCCCUGUCCUUGCUGAGAGGGCAUGGAAUUACGUUAAUGAUUGCCUUUGCACAUCAUUGUGCUUGCAGUACGAGCCCCACUACAUUGCAGCUGGUUCAUUAUUUCUCGCUGCACAAAUAGAAAAAGUUGAACUUCCUAAAGAGGAGGGAAAAGUUUGGUGGGCAGAGUUUGAUGUUUCCUGUAAACAGUUAGAUGACGUCAUUCGGGAGAUGGUAAGAAGUUUGCGGAAGGCAAGCAGAAAACAACCUCUUUCACCCAAAAAUGGGAAGGAAAAUCAGUCUGAAACUUUAAUCAGAAGGCCAAGUGAUCCUAGUAGCUCUCAGUCAUGUGUUUCAAGUGAAGCUGUGAUCGAUGGUAAUUUUAGGCACAGCAGUUUGGCGGAAGAGGACAGAGGACUAGGAGAGUCUACUAUUUCUUACAACCAAAAUGUAAUUGAAGGUGAGAAUUGUACCACCACAAAGGAACCUAUACCAUGUCAGACAUGUGAUAGGGGUAGUCCAAGUGGUAAUGUGAAGGAUGGUGGUGCUGAGAUCAAACCUGAAAGAGAGGAACCAGAUGAUCAGAAUGAUAAUGCGAUUGACAUUGACCGGAUCAGAGAUAAAUUGAAGAGGCGGAGAUCCGGCGGUGAAGUUUCAAAUAAGAAGAUGGUGGAUGCUCCAGAUGUAGAGAUAGAUGCUGAAGCCUGGAUAGAAAGUGAGCUUGAAGGUGGUAUAGUGCUAGAAGUUGCCUCCCCAGAGAAGAAACAUAAGGAGGUCUUGUAAGGUUUUGAAUUGUUGGAAUUGGGCUUAUGCCAUUACUUGUAUCACUUCCUUGUACAUCAUUUUUUGUUGGGAAUGUGAUUGUACUGGUAAGUAGCAUCUGCUCUUUUAUAUGCAGGUGCUGCUCGGUAAACUUGCUCAA